UAGUCACACGGACCUUUCCAGGCACUGAGUCCAGUUCCUACCCGGACCGAAAUGUUCGUUGCACAUUAAACAGGCAUGGCGUCCUUCAAACAGAGGCGCAAGUGAACGAACAUUUAGCAAUUUGCCCUUGUGUAUCGUUCUGUUUUUUUUAAAUGUAAAUAUAUAAAUAUUCUUCGCAAUGGUGUCCAGGACCGUUUGUCAAGUUCUCCAGCGCCGCUUUGCGACUGCCGCGGCAGCUGCGCGUGCUCCGGCCGCCGAGGUCCGCAGCCGGCGCAGUGCCGUCUUCUCCAGAGAGCAGGCCAGGCAGAGGGCUCUGUACCCUCGCAUCGAGAAGAUAGAGGUGUCCGUGCAUGGCCCGGGGCUGGAUGGGACAAUGCUGGUCAUGAACAAAGGGAUGUCCACGCCUCUGAGCUGUGCCAGGCACCUGGCAGAAUAUCACGUGGCCAACUCGGCUCUGGCCCUGGUGAAUGGGGAGCCGUGGUCUCUCCACCAGCCCCUGACCCAGUCCUGCUCCCUCACUCUGCUCACGUUUAAAGACAGCGAUCCAAUGCUGGUCAACCAGGCCUACUGGCGUUCCUGCGCUGCUUUGCUCGGCCAGGUGCUGGAGACGGCGUUCAAAGAUGACUUUACUGUGGAGCUGCUCGGCACACCAGAGGUGGCAGUCACUUCAGGGGCUUUCUGCUGUAACGUGGUGCUCGACCCUCAGCUGGACUCAUGGACUCCCUCUGAGGAGUCCUUGCGGUCUCUGUCCAAAGGGGCCCAGCAGCUCAUCCACCACGACCUGGCCUGGGAGCCUCUGGAGGUGGCGCCCUCUGUGGCGCUGGAGGUCUUCUCACACAGCAGGUGUAAACAGGAAGAGGUGGAACAGAAGGCAGCACAGAACCCCAAAGGCACGGUGACGCUCCACAGAUGUGGUGACCAUGUACUGCUUAGUGUGGGCCCCCUGGUGGCCAGAACAGGCCUGUGCGCCCAGUACGAGGUGACGGCCCUCCACAGCCUGGAGCAGGGGCCUUGGGGCCUCCACCGUCAAGCACAGGGCGUCUCCCUGCCUCUGCAGCUGCAGGCUCACCACACCGUCUGGAAGAAACUGAGGCAGCGGGCAGAGAAACUGGUUGAGGUGCCGAGACUUGAAGAAGUGGCUCCUCCCCCUCCUCCUGAAUCCACGGCCACCUCCGACCAGCCACUAGCAGCCUCUGUGUAACCUUACUCACACACAUUUACACUUUCACAUGUUUCCGAUUGUAUUAUUUGUUCAAUAAAUGUGUAUAAAAUACGUGAAUAAAUCACUUUGACGUUUGUCA